AUGUCAUCUGCAGCUACAACUACCGCUUUAGCGGCAACUUCGCCAAGCUCAAUCCGAUUACCCUCCAUUCAUGAGUUGACUGGCAAAUCAAGACAAGAGUUUCAAAACCAACACAACAAACACAGCCACCACUACCAGCUAGGAAACGAUGCCUUUACUUCCCCUAGAUCAUUUGUAGAUGCCAAAAGUCAACCACCAGUAUUACCUAGUCUUGGCUUGAACACUAGUGUCCACGACACAGCUACGUCAACGUUCAAAAUACCACCAAUCAAACCAAUGACACCAUCUAGUACAGGAGUCAAUAACUCAACCAGUAACACACCAACCGGUCCAACUCAAAGUAGUGGCGUCUUUCCAAAACCAGUCUCACUUGGCUCGCCUGCUAUUGGUUAUAAUCACAAACAUCAGGCGCAGUUUCCAAGGCAAGAACCACUCGUGAUUCAAACGGGCAUAGCAUCAACUACUGCCCCUCUAUCAGCUUCAUCAGCUUCAACUACAUCGUCACCAACAAUGCACCUUCAAGCAAGUCAUCCUCAUAUCCACCACCACCAACAGCUGCUGCAAACUGUUCAUCCUCCACCAACACACCAGUCACCACUAGAGUAUAACCGAGGCCAAUUUUCUCCUCAUUAUCACCAACCUUCUCGAGCAUUCACAACACCAGUUCCACAAUAUCUUCCACAACAAGUGUCUUUCUACUCACAAUUUCACUACACAGUUCAGCAUCCUAAUAACCACGGCUUGCAGAUCGGACAACCAUAUACAAUAACCGAAGUUAUUCCAAAGACUACAAAUAAAUGUCACAGAUGUGGCACCACUGAAACACCAGAGUGGAGAAGAGGACCAAAGGGUGUAAGAACAUUGUGUAAUGCCUGUGGCUUGUUUCACGCCAAGUUGGUCAAAAGAAAAGGUGCUGCUGUUGCCGCUGAAGAAGUAUUGAAUAACCGUGUUACUAAAGGUAAGAAUGGCAGAAGAAUAAGUACCAGGAAACAGUUGGGAAAUGUGUCCAAUGGUCACCACAGAAGGGAAUCAACGAUUAAUGGACCUCAAGGUUUAUUAGAACAUCACCAGAAAACACCUCAACACUAUCCUAAUCAGUUUGCUGUUCUUCAGCAAAAUCACUCAACCAGCUCUUUACAACAAGCACACUUGGCACCAAAUGCCCACAUGUACCUGCUUCAUCACCAACAACUACCACCCCCACCAAAUACUUCCUACCAUCCACAAGGGUACAUGUCAUUGCCGCCACCAGCAAUGCCUAGAAGCUAA